AUGUCCCCGCUGAGGGGUGGUUCUCUCAAUGACUGUCGCAUCAUCUUCGUGGACGAGGUGUUCAAGAUUGAGCGCCCGGGCGAGGGGAGCCCCGUCGUCGAAAACCCGAUGAGAAGGAAGAGCGGGCCUUCGUGCAAGCAUUGCAAGGACGAUGAGAGCAAGACCUGCCGGGUGUGCGCCUGUCACCUGUGCGGGGGCAAGCAGGACCCCGACAAGCAGCUCAUGUGUGACGAGUGUGACAUGGCCUUCCACAUCUACUGCCUGCGCCCGCCCCUCAGCAGCGUCCCCAAGGAGGACGAGUGGUAUUGCCCCGAGUGUCGGAAUGACGCCAGUGAGGUGGUGCUGGCAGGGGAGAAGCUGAAGGAGAGUAAGAAGAAGGCGAAGAUGGCGUCAGCCACGUCCUCCUCACAGCGGGACUGGGGCAAGGGCAUGGCGUGCGUGGGACGUACCAAGGAAUGCACCAUCGUCCCGUCCAACCACUACGGACCCAUCCCGGGGAUUCCUGUGGGCACCAUGUGGAGGUUCAGAGUCCAGGUCAGUGAGUCGGGGGUCCAUCGACCUCACGUGGCGGGCAUCCACGGCCGGAGCAACGAUGGGGCUUACUCCCUGGUCCUGGCUGGGGGAUAUGAGGAUGAUGUGGACCACGGGAACUCUUUCACGUACACGGGCAGUGGUGGUCGAGAUCUUUCUGGCAACAAGCGGACUGCGGAACAGUCUUGUGACCAGAAGCUCACCAACACCAACAGGGCGCUGGCUCUGAACUGCAGUGCCCCCAUCAACGACCGCAAGGGGGCCGAGGCCAAGGACUGGCGGUCUGGGAAGCCGGUGCGGGUGGUGCGGAACGUGAAGGGUCGCAAGCACAGCAAGUACGCGCCCGCUGAGGGCAACCGGUACGACGGCAUCUACAAGGUCGUGAGGUACUGGCCAGAGAAGGGCAAGUCCGGCUUCCUGGUGUGGCGCUACCUCCUGCGGAGGGACGACACUGAACCUGGCCCCUGGACGAAGGAAGGGAAGGACCGGAUCAAGAAGCUGGGGCUGACCAUGCAGUACCCAGAAGGCUACCUGGAGGCCCGGGCCAGGAAGGAGAAGGAGAAGGAGAACAGCAAGAGAGAGGCCGAGGAGCAGGAGGAGGAGAUGGAAGAGGAGGGGGCCUUCACGUCCCCCAGGAAGGGCAAGCGCAAGAGCAAGUCCGCAGGUGGCAAGGCCGGUGUUGGGUCCCCGGGAGGGACACCUAAGAAGAGCAAGGUAGAGCCCUACAGCCUCACGGCCCAGCAGAGCAGCCUCAUCAAGGAGGAUCAGAGCAACACUAAGCUGUGGAGUGAGAUCCUGAAGUCACUCAAAGACGGGCCGUUCCAGAAGUUCCUGAGUAAGGUGGAGGAGGCGUUCCAGUGCAUCUGCUGCCAGGAGCUGGUGUUUCGUCCCAUCACGACUGUGUGCCAGCAUAACGUGUGCAAGGACUGCCUGGACAGAUCCUUCAGGGCCCAGGUGUUCAGCUGCCCAGCCUGCCGCUACGACCUGGGCCGGAGCUAUGCCAUGCAGGUGAACCAGCCGCUGCAGGCCAUCCUCAACCAGCUCUUCCCCGGCUACGGCAGCGGGCGGUGAUCCUCAAGCACUUCUCGCCGGCAGUUUUUAAAAAACAUGUCACAGGGGUCUCUGCCCCCUUUUGUUUUUAGUGGGUUUAACUUAAACAUGUAGUUUUUCCUGCACUCCCUAAACAGCCUUGUCUUCCUGGUUUUGUUUUGUUUUUUUUUAACCUAUAAAUUUUCAGGAGUUUGUAUUAUGCUCAAAGAAAGUUGGACUUCUCUGUGUUUUUAUUUUGGUUUUAAAAAAAAUACCAAGCCUGCAGUUUAUCAGCAAAAGACAAAUUUUUUCUGAAGAUGGAAUUAAAAACGCCUUGGCGCAAAGGCUGCUUGUGUUCCCAGCGCCAAGUUCCCAGAAGUUCCCGCCGCCGCCGAGCAACAAGGCGCCCGGCUGCCUGGAACCGUCUCUUCAAGGUGUGUGGCUUGGGCCCCCGAAGUUGAAAGCGAGCGCAUCUCCCUGAUGGCGUUUUGCCGCCUAAAAGCCAGCAAGGUGGUGCCUGGUGGUGGCCCGGGUGGGCCUGGCCCUGCUGUCGCCCACUGGGAAGGUGGCGAGAAGAGAAGUCCCGGCCGGCCGGUUUAAACACCUGUCCCGAAGCCAUGCCCCCCAGUCCGCUUUCGUGUUGCAGUUAUGCACGCAGAGCCCUCUGCCCGGGUGCGUGGGGGGCUGCUGCCGCCACCGGACUGCUCUGCGCGUGGCUGGGCGUGUGGCCAAGGGCCGGCCCACCUGCAGCACCAUGGAAGCACACGUUCGAAGCCAUGUUCAAGUGCCUUGGGGUCUUUCUUUUGUUGUAAACACGAGGCUCUCUUUUAGCACUGAAUUGUUGAAAACGCCAGCCAGAUUUUAAAACUGGGGCUAGCCAGUUCUUCCUGAUACUGGGUGAGUGUUUGGGCGUGAUUUCAUUUCUGUGGAUCCUUUCAAUUGAAUUGUCAGCUCACCAACUGAGAAUUUUAAGAGGGGAAUUUUUUUUUUUAAGUACUUUUUUGAAUGAAAUUUUUUUGUAGUUAUUGUAUAUGUACCAAGAAAGCUAUAACUUAGGGUUUGGUUGUGUUUUUGUUUUUUGUUUUUUUGUUUUUUCUUUUUUUGGUUUUGUAUUUUUUUGGAAUGAUUUGUUGAUUUUUUUUUUUUCUAACUUUACCAAAGUUUGCAGCUUUUACCUCAAUAGAACAGGAAUAUUUUAAAUCCCAUAACUGCAGACAAACUGGAGCGAUACUGUUUUAAAAGUUUUUCUUUUCUCCUUACUAGGUUUGUUAAUGUAUUAGGAAGAAACAACAAAAUCCUGUGUAGGCUCUUUCUAAAAAGUUCAGUAUUCUUUGUCCAGAUUUUAGAUUCUCAGAAUAAAUGCCUUUUACAGAUGA